AGUCGAAGAUGGAUUACCAACUGGUGAGCUCGUUUCAUGCUUCUGAUAACACACAUUUGUAUAUUGACAACGUUAUUACCAAGGUGCUGAUGCUGACCAUGUAACCUUUGAACCUUCCCACCAACAAAAUACCUUCCUGUGAAAACCGUGGAGAUGCACAGGUGAUUUCGGUCUUUAGUAAUAGUGGAUGUCACACUAACAUUACUUCCAAUUCCCGAUGACCGUCGUUUUUGACAUUACUAAGUUUUGAGUCCUCGAAAAUGUACAUUGAAGAAAGUAUGCUACUCUGAAGCUUCAUCUGUUAUUCUCUGUGCAAUAUCGAUUAUUCUGGUCUAUCACGGAGUAGCAACUACGAACUGUACGGUCAUCAAUGCUCAUGAAGUUAUAAUCCCACCCUGUUUCACCUUAAAGAAAACCUUGACUAAAUCUUUUGCAAGUAUUGCCUGCGAUGGACGUCUUCCAUCCAACUGCACGUUUCGCGUAUCCUGCAAGCUUGCGAACCUCUGCGCACGCGAGACGAAUAGAUAGAUAUACACUUCUAUGUAGUCCUGGGUGGGGGCAGGCGAGUCCUGUGACAUACUCUACAUAUGUACAGCUCCACGGUGCGAUUCGUAUUUAUUUACUACACCAGUUGCCAGACGCGCGAGACGCGCUUUGGCCCAGUUUCUUUGUCUCGUGAACCCUAACAGUUUUUAUUUGUUGUCUAGCUGCAUGGCUCACUGCUGAUGGCGUGUGUCUGGGGGCAGUUGCAUUUUUGGCCAAACCUCUGUGCCGACUGAUAGUGUUAGAUUUUUAUCACUAAUUAAGAUUUGAGCAUGGGCUGUGAUUAUUGUGUGCUAGUCAUUAGAUUAAGUUAAAGCUCAAAAGUGCGGGUCUGCUGUGUGUGCUUCUACCCCAGUCCCAUCGAGCAAAGGAGAAUUGUGAAUGGUGUUCCUCACGUUCAAAUUAUGUUGUGCUAGAAAUCACCGCUCGAUGCAAGCACACCAUCAGCAGCAGAGUUCGACAGCACUGUCCAAGGCGCCAUCCGUUCUGAAGAAGCCACUGGACGGCGAAGAUCGCAUCACACUGGUCGUGGACAACACAACCUUCUCGAUCAAUCCAUCACUGUUCACCGCACACCCGAACACCAUGCUGGGCCGGAUGUUCAGCUCCGGUAUGGAGUUCACACAUCCGAACGACCGUGGAGAGUACGAAGUUGCGGACGGCAUCUCACACACGGUCUUCCGUGCCAUACUGGAGUACUACCGGAACGGUGUGAUUCGGUGUCCACCGACAGUGUCCGUCCAGGAACUGAGGGAAGCCUGCGACUAUCUUCUGAUACCGUUCACGGCCGAUACCAUCCGUUGUCAGAAUCUACGCGGAUUGCUGCACGAGCUAAGCAACGAGGGAGCUCGCGAACAGUUCGAAAUGUUCCUCGAAUCGUUGAUUCUGCCGCUGAUGGUCACUUCGGCAGAACGUGGGGACCGGGAAUGUCACGUAGUGGUACUGUCCGAUGACGAUGUCGUCGAUUGGGACGAAGAAUAUCCUCCUCAGAUGGGCGAAGAGUACUGUCAGACAGUGUCCAGCACACCGAUGUACCGCUUUUUCAAGUAUAUCGAAAACCGAGACGUGGCCAAGCAAGUGCUGAAGGACCGAGGAUUGAAAAAGAUUCGCCUCGGCAUCGAGGGAUACCCAACGUACAAGGAGAAAGUGAAGAAACGCGCUAGUGGUCGCGUUGAGGUCAUCUACAACUACUUACAGCGACCGUUCAUUCACAUGUCCUGGGAAAAGGAGGAAGCCAAGAGUCGGCACGUUGACUUCCAGUGCGUCAAGUCCAAAUCGGUUACAAAUUUGGCCGAAGCCACGGCGGAUCCGGCACUCGAACUGGACUCGGCUGGAAAUCCCCUACCGCAGCGACAUUUCGACAUUUCAAACGAGCCGGACGUGGAUGCAAUUCGUCCUAUCGUAGCGGCCAUUGCCAUCGAUGGGGAAGAGGGAGCUGUCGGUGGACUGGUGAACCCAGAAGACGUGGCCGGAUCCGACGAGCCGUAAGUAUGGGAUAAAAUCAGAUCUUUAGGAAAUCAACGCACUACUGUAAAGCAAACGAUAAAAUCUAAUCCAAAUUAUUGAAACAACAUAUUUGAUUGCUAAAUCGAUUACUGUUCAUAAAACUUCUAUACGCUGUGCUGGAUCAAGAUGAUUCCAUUUUCGAAAUAAAGGGACGACACAAAUGCAUUGAAA